AUGGCCACACAAGCUCAAGCUAUCGGCAACCAUCUCCGUCAGCGCCUCCUCCACGACAUUCACGAAAUCCAGACUAAGCCCUACCCAGGCAUAGACUUUCGCCUUCAGGACGACUCGAAGCUCGCCAAAGCCUGUCUGAUCCUCUCUUUCGACGACGGGCAGCCCCCAAUACAUCUUACGGUAGACUUCGAGCACGACUACCCCCUUCGCCCACCAAACAUCACCUGCCAGAGCCAAGUGGACCACCCGAAUGUGAUGCAAGGGUACAUCUGCGUGGACAUCCUGACACACGACAAGGCAUAUACGCCCGCAUACACCCUUAAGGGCAUCUGCAUCCAGAUGUUAAGCCUUUUCAAGAGCGACCAUGUCGAUCAGGAGGACGGCAUUCGGGGGGAAAAGGGGGAAAAGGUCAACCUCAAGAAGUGGCGUGCAACGGAGGAAGAGCUCGACGGUCCGCUCAAGGAUACGUAUAAGUGUGACAGGUGCAUGUUCCCAACCCAUCGAUUCUUGGAUGGCAAGCCGGAUGCCACCACGAAUGGUACCAUGGGAAACCCUCAGAAGUCGCAGAAGACUGCGGUUCCAGCACUCUCAAACCAGGACUCUCAAUUCGCACAGAUCAACGACCUGCCUGACGAGAUGCUGGUCACUAUCUGCGAGCUUCUCGAUGAAGAGCCUCUCAUCCUUGCCACUCAAGCCUGGAAGCGAUUUGAGCGUAUCGUCCCGGCUAUUCUUCGAAACCGCGAGCUGCAAUGCUUCACUCUGAAGCGCGGAUCCAACGCGCUAAACCUGGGGAUUGGCGUCCACGUUGAUGUCAAGAAUGUUGAAUCUGAAUUCGACCUCAUCUCUUCCGUUGCCUACGACACCUAUGGCGUCAGAAAAUCAGUUCAUGGCCCCUCAUUCGAGCUCUGGCUUCCGCUGCCGAUUACGCAUCGUCAUUGGGAUCGUGUGAAAUCGGAAGUUCAAGCAUCUCUGAAUGCAAUCGCUCGGCAGAGACGUAUUCAGGGCACUCUCGACAACGUCCUGUACGAAUUCAUGAACGGCGUCGUGGUCAAGCUUUCACAUGGUACGAGCCACCUUAGCAAGCAGCAAGAGCUCAAUUUCCGUGGCAAUGCGAAGACCCAGUCUUCGGUGACCCACGCAUCGGAGAAGGCGAUCGAGAGCUACUUUCAUCUCUUCCACCUCCUCGUUUGCCUGGCGACGGAGCGAUCACGAGGGGCGUCCGAGGGUUCCUCCAAGAACGACAUUGUCAAGGCAGCCGACAAAUUGAUCUACGACUUCCUUGCCAACGAGAAGCGUGACAAGACUGACACGCCCAACCUCGGAUAUCUGCUUAUUGCCAUUCUCAUCAGCGAUGUCGACGUCUCCUCGGAUCUUCAGCAGGCUAUCAUCGAGGAGACGCUGAUUCGCAACGUCGUGUGGAUGUUGGAUCCGAAGCCUCCUGGCAAACAGAUGCCGGAGCUUGCAUACUUGGAGCCGUCUGCGGUCUCUCACUAUCGUAUUCGGAAGAGCUUUGAAGCAAGCAAGACGGGCCUGCGGCUCCUCAUGUUCCUGAACACGAUGCGUAAGAUCGUACGUGGAAUGCGGGAUGUGUAUGGCCAGGCGGGCAAGAGGACGGGGGAGAAGCUCACUCUGGAGCAGCUGCGCGACAAGCUCUUUGAUCGCCAUGGUGCAGGACCUACCGGUGCGGCUACUCUCUUCGCUGAGCGCGUCCGUAAGAUCCAGCAGGUGGACUGCUAUGCGGACUUCUUCAAGGAGAUGGGACUGCCGGCUCCUGCCGACGAGGAACUCACUACGCUGCUGAGGGAGUCUGUGCGUAGGUCGAUGCAGAAGGGCUAUACUCAGGAGGCCUUGACGCAGGGUAGAGCGUUGUUUCUUCGCCUCGAGAAGGAGCCUGACGUGGAGCGUGCGCCAGGUGUGGAAGCCGAGCAGAUGCUGGGGAACUUUAGCUUCUUCCCUCGGGCUCGCGGUGGGGGCCAUCAGGGUUCGCAGGGCGCUGGACGCGGAGGUCGCGGCGGGCGUGGCCAUCGUGGUGGACGUUCAUCAUGGCGCGGAGGUCGACACCGUUAG